UGCAGAAUGGUGCUUUGGAUUCCAGUCUGUUGCUGUAAUAACAAAUUGUUGUGUCGUUUUCGACGAAAUUGGCCCCGAUGGAGCAGCUGCUACAGCUGAUGAAGAUGAUCAGCUCUUUCCUAAAUGCUUACGCACCACCGGAAGCCCUGUAGGCAAGUUUCCCGAUGUGCCUUUCGGUGGAGGACCUAGGAU